GCGGGUGUACACGGGUAACGCUUCGCAUAGGAAUUUGACUUAAUGCAUAUAGUUUAAAAAUGGUGAUUUGAUGACUUUGAUAAACAACAUAUGUACAAUGGAUAAAGAAACCAUGUCCACCAACUUUGGUCUAUCGAGAACGUUGAAAAGGACAGGAAGCUUGUCUUCGAGAACGGUCAGGAUAGUGAUAUUGGGCCAAGCGGCAGUUGGCAAAACUGCAAUGGUUGUGAGAUUUAUCACUAGAAGAUUCAUUGGCGAGUAUGACCCAACGCUCGAGACAAUAUAUAGACAUGACAUGUCUAUUGGUGGAGAUGUGGUUCACUUUGAAAUACUGGACACAGCAGGACAGGAGGAAGAUGCUCUGCUGAUCGAAGAAAAGAUAAAGUGGGGAGAUGGAUUUGUCAUUAUGUACUCUGUAACAGACCGAUGCAGCUUUGACGAGGUCAUGCGCCUCUGUUUCCUGAUCAAUCACAUCCACUCUUCAAGUGGCCGCAAGUUUACCGCUGAGCCUCCACCCGUAGUUAUAGUGGCCAACAAGAAGGACCUUGAGUUUGACCGAAUGGAGAGCAGUCUCCAAGCUGAUGGAGAAGAUCCCAAGGAUAAACUCAACCCAACCCUCCUGGCACCCCUGGCCGUAGCUUCAGCUUCAGUUCAUUCAGGGACUUCCUGCCUGAGUGUGCCGGAUGGCAUCCAAAUUGCCGGCUUUUCUUUCAUAGGCCACUUCCUACUCUUCAAGUUGGAUUAUGACUACUGA